UGGCAACCGAGUCUAUAAAACCUGCUUGGGUUGAAAAUAAUGUUGUUUACCGCUGUUGUCAUUGUCAGUGUCAAAUUUGAAAUUUAACAACUCAAAAGUUGUAAACAAAACAAUGCAUGUUUUCUUUUUUAGUUUAUUCUAUAAAUAAAAAUAAUUUAAAUUAUGGCUAAUGCUGAAAUGCUGACUAUGUACAUCAAAAAACUAAGUCAUCCACUGAAGGAAAUUCGUGAAAGAUCUCUGUUAUUGUUGUUAGCAAAAUUGAAAUUAGGUUGGGAGUUAGAUGAUGAGCUGUCGGGUACGAGAGAAUUGCUAGAAGGUCUUUUGGCAUGGUUCCAGACACCGCAACAGUCUUUACAAAGUGAAGCAUUGGAAUUACUACUUACAACUAUAAAGACAAAGGCUGGCACCUACAUUGCUAGAGAGUUUGGAAUAGAUAGUAUAUUAAAUAAUUUGAACAAAGUGCAUCAUAGGAUUGCCAGUGAUGCUCUAGAAUUAUAUGAUGAUGUAAUUGAAACCCUAAGAUUUCUUAAUACUGUUGAAUCUGAUGUUAACGUGGAUAUCCCUCGGUUGACUCUACCUGAUAUUACAAGUUCUGAAAGUGAUGGGGCGUCAAGCAGCGGUUAUUACAAUUUGGAGCCUAAUAUUCACUCAUCUAAGGCUACAUCCAUUUCUAAUGAUGACUCUGAUAUCAAUAGAUACAGGAGCUUGAACACCACGGAGUGUGUAAGAGUACUACUGUUCCCAUGGGUAGAGUUGUGCCAAUCUGACAAGAAAACUUUGUUAUUGGUAGAAGACGCCAUAAGACUAUUGAAGUCCACAAGACGGUGCUGCAGAUUCAUUCGCGAUGUCUUCCUGCGCGAUUUCUAUGCUGAAAUAUUCUUGAACAGACCUGAGAUUAUAAAGAGUUUAUUGACAAUAUCAGAUGGUAACCACGGCGGGCGCCCUGGCGAGGCUCUUUGUGUCUUGCUGUAUAUAACAAAAGCUCUGCGCGCACGACUGCUACAGUUAUCUUCUUUGGACUUGAUACAUGAAACUGACAAGGUUUCAGAAGAACAUAGAGAUAUGAUAGACGAUGGUGUGAAUCUAGAAUUACAAGAAAUAGCCGGUGAGCCACAUCUUCGCACGCCGGCUGAAGAAGAUGGUCUUGUAGUACUGAGACAGCUGCCUGCACCCUUGUAUGGUCUGGAUACGCUACAUGCAGUACUCACUAUAAUGGCUAGAAGCGUCGUGUUGGCUGACCCAGUUGAUAAAACCGAGUUUUUGAAUGUUAGAGAAUUGAACACAUGCCUUUGCCUAAUAGAAAGUCUGGUCGAGUUGUUACUCGACUGUAUUAACGACAGCUUCUGGAGUAUGGACCAUAAUGCCAAGACUUACAGGGACAUUUCACAUAAAAGUUGCAUGGUGAUGCGCCUGAUGGGAGACCUAUUGAACAAAUAUAGAAAAUCAUUCUUCGAUGAUCUCGAUCGUAGUCAUCAUCGCGUGGCGUGGUUACGUCUGACGUUUUGCGCUGAAAAACUCUUGCACUGGGCUCGAGACUCCGCCCUGCCACCGACUUCGCUUGUUAAUGCAUUACAAAUAGCGCAGCUCGAUCCAGGCGUAGAACUGUUUUACCCAACGUUGAGUAAGAAGAUUGAAUUGGUUUUACAGAGUACUAGAAUAACUGUUAACCAAGAAUAUAAAAGCAAAUAUAAGGAACUGAAGAAAUUAUUCUCAAGCAUGGAUGGGGCUGCUCAGUUUAUGAACAAUAAGAAAUUGCAUAAAUCAAAGAAAGUGCUCACGUGCAUAAAGAGCUGUAUCCCUAUUUUAGAGCUCUUUCAAAGUGAACAUCUUUUAGUUGAUAUGUCGGAUAUUUUGGUGAAAAAGGCGAAAGAUUUGGACUUUAAUGAUAGUGACUGGUCUGUCGCUCGAAGUAUUGCCUUGUCUUUGAUGGGUCACAAUGUGGAUUGGGUGCAAAUUACAUUUUACAAGUCUUUAGCUGAGAUGGUGAAGUCUGUGUUGGUGGGAGAUGAGAAUGAGAAGAGUCUGACUUUACUGUGUGAUGUUGGUAUACUGACAGAGAUAUGCUGUCAUGGACUCUCUUCUAAAUGUAAAGAGGUAGAAGGAAGUUCUUCAGAAAUAAUGUUGUAUUUAUUACGUGGACGGUUGGUCCUCAGUGAAGGAUGUUGGUGGCGACUGCUGGCCAGUUUACUGCCAGUACUACCGCUGUUACAUGUUUAUGCUGCUCAUGAAACGCAAUUAGGGAAAGCAAUCUGUAAAUCGCUAGAACGCGACAUAGCAGAUUGUUUGGGCGUGUCAGCCUCCGAGGUGAUGGCCGGCUUGGUUCGUCUUAUGUUUGUACGAUGCGUUGCAGUACAACUUGAUGCAGCUCACACUCUAUGCCGACUAUUAGAUGACGAGCGCUAUUUGCCUCCUAAGGAGUCGUUGCGAGCUGAUGUUUUAUUGAGCGCAUUACGGAGAGUUAAACGGCAAGAGUUUAAUAUAGACUAUGAAAGUUCACCGACUAAAGUGCCACAGACCACAGGGUUGACCCAAAUCCUGGACGUGUUAAAACAAGAUAUAGUACUCGAUGACGAAGGACACUACAUAUCUCGUAACACGAUGCAACCUGCCCUCGAGCCCUCGUUGCGACGUAGCACGUUGCAGCAACUCGCUGUUAUAGUGCGACAGCAGAAUUUACAUGAUGUGUUCUUGCAAUAUGACGGUGUUAAUAUUAUUGUUGCUACGUUGAGAAUGUCACUGAUGGUGGACGAUUAUCUAGCAUUUCCGGAGUGUGCAAUCAGUUGCGUGUCUAUACUUAACAGCGUAUGUUUUGCUAGUAGACACAACUUGGCUAAGAUACCGGAUUUACCUGCACUUUUGCUCAGAGCGAUCCUAGUGUUCCCUGCAAAUGAUUCAUCAGUGCUCAUGGCUGCCCAAGUCCUGGCGAUUAUAGCGUGGGCAGGCUUUACUCUGCAGGAGUUGGAUGCAUCCAGACACCGCAUACCAGCAUUACCACUUAAUGUAACUCAAAAGACCUCGCUACCAUUUGAAGCUAACAGUUAUUGGAAUACCAGCCCUAAUGCAGAACAUUCUAGUGUUGAGUGGCUACUAGCUGAUGAAGAAUGGCGGACAGCAGUACGGGUGCGAUGGUGGUGCACCAACUCAGGUCGAGCUCGUCUUCUGACAGAGCCACCGCCCACUGCCCCACUAGCCUUACGUCCUACGUCGCGUGACCUAGCCACCUUGAGAGCAUCCUGUCCUAUCUUCAGUAGCACUAGAGCAUUGCUAGCUCUACAAAAUGCUACUACACAUAGACAGGUCACAGAAGCACUGCAUUUGUUGGAGAGCUACGUUUAUUUAGUUGCACAGUCGAGCGUCAACAAGAAGGAGUAUAGCUCGUUACCAUGGCAACAUAUGCGGCGGUUCCUGGACGCACCUCCCGCUUCAUCCCGCGACACAUCACUGCUUUGCUCUCUUUUGCACUUCGUUAUAGCAUACACGGAUAACGUACCGAAGUCUGAUGGCACAAUGUCCUGGAUAAAAUCGUCAUUUAUUGGCAAUGAAGCUCACAUAAUCUCCCUUUUGAGUAGAGAUCAGUUGUAUCCACAGCAAACUGCGCAGGAGUGCAUUGAAGUGACACAACUACACAUACAUAUUGUGAAGGUGCUACUACGAUGUGUUAUGAUGCUGGAAACCUGGGAAGAUUAUGACAGCUAUAAGUUGGAGAGCUUAUUAAAAAUUCUUCUUGUUUGCUUGGACAAAAUUGAUUUGAAAAAUUUCCAUAUGCUUGGGUACCUAAAUGAAUUGAUGCGUUGUAUACGAUACGCCGUGAAUUCUCGCUACUGUAAGCUGUCAGAAGAUACUCUGAUUCAGUGCUUGAAAGUAGUAGCAAGGACACUGAGUGGAUGUGCCUCUGGUGGUGGAUGUAAAGGGCAGGCGUGCAGACUGGAUGCGACUCUGUCUUUGCUGGCAUUGUUAAGGCAGAUACAUGAUGAAGCUAUACCUGUGCAGAGAUGGAGUGAGGUCUUCAACAGUGAUGUGGUACGCACAGUUGUGAAAGGAGUUAGUGGCACACGUCCACAACUACGAGCGGCCGCACUACACGUGGUCGUUGCACUUGCGCACUACGCACAACUAAUGCCACAUUUGAUGCAAGCCAUACAAGAGCCGUCUCUAUCCCAGUUCGCUGCAAACAUAUUUGCGCAGCGUCGUGAAGCGAACACUGUGCGAGCCGCGGCAGCUGCCCUUCUCGCAUCGAUUGCAGCGAGAGCAUCGCCACGAUCUGAUGUGUUGGAGUCCGAUGUCCUAGAACAAUUGGAAGAAAACAACUUCAUAGAGAAUAGUUUAGAAAUUCUUGUUGAUUUCUGCAACGCCAAAGAUUACAAACAGUCGUUCGAAGGGAAUGUAUCGCUUAGUUUGUUGGAGCGCCGUUCGGAGUUGGAGGUGCGUGCGCAGAAGUGUGGGGACGAGCAUGUGUCAGCUUCUCAGGUUACCAACAAGUCGCGGCCGCCCCCUACUGCUGCGUUAGUGACAGCCCUAGCUGAUGCACUCCACAAUAUCAGCGCCUUCCCACACUGCCCCGUCCAAGCCUGGAAUGAGCGAGGACUAUACAGACUUCUAUUCAGAUGCGCUUCCUGGUCUGUAGACAACCAGACCGAGACGUACGAAGUCCGUGCCGCAGCAUGUCGCGCGCUUCUAGCCGUGACAGCGCACAAAUGCGUCCGAUUAUCCCUCGCCGCGACUAAGGACUGUCUACACAACUUACUAAUGACUUUAAUGCCAUUCGCACAAGAUGAAGAGGAAGAGAUCUGCAUUGUGGCACGUGCGCAAGCUAUGUCGCUGCUCGCGUCGUUGCUUGCGGAGAAGGCAGCUAGCGACACCGUGUGGCAAGCAUUAAAAGACACGCAUCAAACUGAUUUCUUCCAUUUACUUCUACAGAGCUUGGAAGUUGAUGAGAUUGAACUCCAAGACGCAGCCCUAUAUUGUCUCACGCAACUGACGCAAUCCAUGUCACAGAAGCGACACGCAGAUAAAACAAAAGACGAGACUUGUUCAGAGUUCUAUGACAAUCUCAAAUCUCCUCACUGGGAUGGAGUGCAGAUUGACAAGUGUGGUGGAGGGGAUAGCGCACGGAGUUACGACUGCCAACCGGAGUACUUGGCUGAAGAAAUAUUCAAAGCUCUGCUUAAUAUGUACAAGAAAUUGGCGUUGGAGAACAAGAAACCUGAGUUUAGUGAAGAUGAGCGAUGGAUCCGCGUAUGUUCAUGUUUAGCGUCCGUACUAUCAGUGAGUGAUCGCAGUCGCCAAUAUGCCGUACAUCGACAUCUACCUCGAAUACUGCUGACCACCUUACAAGCUGUAAGAGACCAUCUGUCCAUGCAUGGGAAACCUGCUGAUGUCAUCAAAACUGCGAAUAAUAAUCCAGUGCUACAAACAUUAUACUGGCUUCUGGUGGUAAUGGACUGCUUGAUGCUGGAGUGUCCUGCGGCCAAGGAGAGCUUCGCGGACGACAACCUGACAGUCUCCCUGUGCAGACUGUGGCCCUGGUGUAUGAUGACUGAACAGUUACGACUGGCCGUCAUGCAUCUCUUGUAUACGUUUACUAAUAAUUGUCCUAAAGCAUGGGGCGGUCUGUGUGCUUGCGUGGGCGGGCGCAGUAUAGUAUUGGAGGUGUGUAACCUGUGCGCGCGCGAGGCCCAGCAGGCGGGCCGCGCGCGCGCCCCCGCCCUGCUCCUGCACUGUCUGCACACCCUGCGCCGGGCACUGCCGCACCAUCACUGCAGGACUAUACUGCUGAAGAGCGAAGUGCUAUCGAGUAUGUACCGGCUAUGUGUCCGCGAGCGGGUGCGCGGCGCGGGGGCGGGCGGCGCGAGCUGGGCGCGGCUGUGCGAGCGCGCGGCGCGCACGGCGGAGGGCGCGGCCGCGCUGCUGGCGCUGCCGGCCGCCGCCGCGCCGCUGGCCGCGCUGCCGGCCGCCGUGCGGGCCGGACUCAUGCCCGCUAUCGCUCAUACCGCGCACCAUCAACGUAUCACGUUCUUACAAUCACCGGACCUAUUGGAACUGCUUUCUGGGACUCUGCUGGCUGGAGACACUGCGGAGAUCGUGUCAGCUUCACGCGCAGUUUGGGCGUUAGCUGCUAAUAACCACAAGGCAAAGCUGGUACUUCGGAGUGCAGGCGUGGCUUCAGCGGUGCAGACAGCGUUGCAGCGACUGCAGCGCUCGGCACGAGAACCUGACGCACAACGCGCUCUGCAACUACUCACAUACACCAACACUGUACUACAGACCACGUGAUAAUACCCAUUUUUUUCAUGUUAACAUUAACAAAGGUAAUGCAGACUCUAGUUUGGUGAUAAUAAGAAAUGUAUUUUUCAAUGAUAUGAAAUAUUAAAUUAUAAUUGUAUAUUUUUGCUACAUAAAUUGUUGAUCAAUGAAAUUUUGACUCAAAAUUACAUAUUUUGUAUAAAAUUGGUUGUUAAUUCAAAGUCGUGUCCUAUAAUGUAUUUUACUGCAUGAACUUCAAAUUACAGUUUUCAAAAAAUUGUUCAAAACAGACAUUGUCAAAAAUUUUUCUACAAGGAAAUCCCGUCCUUAGUUCCAUGACAUAGAGUAACUAAUCAUUACGUAUCAUACGUUGCUUGUUGUAAACGGCCUAAUCCAUAGCAAUUUACUGCCGCGCUACGUAUCGCGGGUUCGAUUCCCGCGCGGAACAACUCGUUGUGUGAUCCACAGUUAGUUCUUCCGGGUCUGGGUAUCA